GAAGGAAAAAUUAUUGAAUAAUGAAACUUCUCGGCUAAAAAUGCUCGAGGAAGAAAAAGAAUUCAACGCAAAAAUGCAAAGAUUUUAUGAAUCAUUAAAAGACAUACCCAGCUUGUACAGAGACAACCCAUGGUUUGAACCGCAGCAAUCCGUGAUAUCCGUACAGCCUAGCUUUUGGGAUUGGUUUGAUAUAAAAAUAGGUGAAUUAGAAAGCACAUAUUGCUGGGACAUGGAUGGAAAAAAGUAAGAAAGGAUUAAACAAGUUAGAAUGAUAACCAACAUAUUUCUUCAAAAAAGGGGCGAUCUUGACUCUCUUGAAAGUAAUAGUAAAGGAAAAGGUCUGACCUUAUUUUCAUUAAAUCAUACCAAGAGUGGGAGUCAUGAACAGCAAUUUAUUCGCUUUGUGAAAGAGACUAUUCACAGGUUGAAUGAAAAUAAUUCAGGUAUUGUGGAUACCCUUUGUAGAUUGGUUAGUGCAGUAGUGAAAAAUGAUAUGGAUCUGGACAAUGAUACGCCAUUCUUAAGCAAUAACCUGUUGGAACUCAUAACCGACAUCAUUAUUGCUCUUGACAUGAAUUUCGUAAACUGUAUGACAUGUGUGGAUGAUGAUGAAAAGGCUCUGAUGACACUUCGAAUUUGCGAAUAUUUUAUCGAUAGAUUGGUUCGAACCAUCAUGGUGGCGACACACGAAACGAGUCCUCAUGUUGGCUUUUCGACGAAUUACAAAAAGAAAAUGUCAAACUUGUUAUCAAAACAAUCCAAAGUGAAACAAAUUGAGAAUCUAAUGGAGGCUACCAAAGUGUGGAUGGACUUGCUGGAGCGUAUAUUUUUCAACCUGUCUACACAGUGGAUUCAAUCCAACGUGAAGACAGAGGCACCCGAGGAAAAUACAAUACUAACUGAUGAUGAACAAAAGGUUUUAUUGCGGUAUUGGCUUAUCCAAGGAAAGCUGGCCCAAUGUCAGGAUGAUAUUCAAAGCGCCUAUGAUUUUUAUGAAAAAUGUAAAAGACUGCUGAAAGCAAAUGCGUCUCUCACUACCAUGAAUAUAAAAAGUAUGUAUGACUCCUUUAUUGACCUCAACAGCAUCGAAAACAAGUUAUCCCUACUACAAGUGGGGAAACUAUUGAUCCAAGCCAAAGAAAAGAGCGACAUUGGCGAUUUUUCUACAGUCAUUGAAGUGAUCAAACCUAUGAUUAAGUCAAAUCUUGAUAUAGAUGAUCCUAUUGGAUCUGACGAAACGAUUCAAAUGACCCUCUUGCUUGCAAAAGCAUACGUUCAAGCGAAACAACAUGUGGAGGCGUGGAAUAGCUAUAAACAAGUCUUUGUUGCUUUAAUUAACCAGCUCGUGACUUAUGGCUUUAGACAGUUUCAAUCGAAAUCAAUCUUGUGUAAAGACGAAGAUACGCUAUUUUUCAAAAUGGGAAAGCAUUUGGCUGAAGUGAUGGAUGAACUUGUGACGCUGCUACAACAUCCCAAGUCGGAUGAAUGGCUCAUUAACGUGGUGGAUAAGGACUUUAUGGAUGGAUUAUCCGUUUUGAAAAGGAUGACAUUAUUCUAUAUAUUUAGACAUCCAGACUUUGUUCCGCUUGUCAACAACUUUAGCUCACCAGACAGCAUCCCUCAUACACCGUCUCGAACGACAAAGUCGAACAGAUUUAAUUCUAUUGUAGUCAAAGCAUGGGUCAUUAGUUCGCACAUUAUAAAGCAAGUGCUGGCAUCUCAAGUACAGGAUACCCAUAGCAUCAGAUAUAGCUGGGUAAAAUUGCUACAGGAACUGCAUGAUGAACUUGGAGAAAGAGAGAUUUGCUGCGUAGCGAACAACGCCUUCUUGCAUCAUCUAUUAGACUGCUUAAUAGAGAUGGAUGGUCAGGCAUUUCGAAAAGACAUCUAUCAAUGUUAUCAUUGUAUAUAUGGUGUUCACCUUGGUGGUGAAUCUGAUUUAAUCGAAGAGCACUAUUGUACACAUAUAAGCAUGGACCAAAAGGCUGCUGAACGCUUGUUUAACCUGGUUGCGGAUGCGGCAGUGAAACGAUUGAAGAGCGGAUCAUUAUUAAAGGGCGACCUUAAAGAAGUUGUAGAAGCCGUGUCUGACCUGUUUGAAGAGCUUCCCAAGGUGGACAACCAAAGCCCUAUACAUUUCAACAGAACAAUCAUCAAAAAUCAUUUAGAUAGAGACAUUAGUCUUUCAUCGUCCAUUACCGGUUUAUAUAGAAAAACGCUUAUACCUACUGUGCCUAUUGAUGAAAAAAAGCAUAAUAUAUCACACGUUUACUAUAAAAUAUUUUGGAUUCGAGGCAAGACACUUCGUAUUCAAAUUAAAAAUAGGCCCAAGAUUGCUAGUGAGAAAAACAUGGUUGACCUUGAGACGGCUAUAGAUGAAUUCACUUCGCAUUUAAUACUUAAUCCUGAUGAUAGUAAUGCCUGGUAUGACCUUGGAGCAUGUUAUCACCAGCUUGCAGAUGAAGAAUUGCACUGGAGUGCAACGAAUGUGAAUUCUCAUAAAAAUCUUAUUGCAGAGUAUCAAAAGAAAGCGCUCCAUUCGUUGUUAAGAGCUAUUUACCUUGGAGGUUUAGCACUAAAUUCCUCUCAAAAGCAUGAAAUGUUUAUGCAACUGGGCGAUCUUUUGUAUUCUAUGGCUAGUCCACCUAUGGAUAUGUUGGCUCUUAAGCCCGAAGAAGUCAACAAUUACCUGGAUGCUGAGGGCACCCUUGUGAGUGUAAAGAAAGAGAUCCCUCAUCGGAAAGCGGCAUAUAAACUAUCUCUGGCGAUGUAUAUCCAUGCGUUUAAAAAUAAGCUUCCACAGAAACAGCAAUGGCCGUGUUACUAUGCAAUAGGCAAAUGCUUUGCAAAAAUUGAUCGUCCACCCAAGGAAGUGCUUGAUUGGUUCAUACAUGCUAUCCGCUUGGGUGGGCAUAAUGAAGGGUCAAAGGAGGGUCCAUUUGAGCCAGUCUAUAUCCUUUGCUCUUACCUUACCAAAUAUCUUUACCAACAAAAAAUUAGCGCAAAUCUUGUAAUGGAGUACUUGAGGAUGGAGGCGAGUAUAAGAGCAGCACAAAUGACAAACGGACCACCUGAAGAGCUAGGAAUGAAUACCUUUCAUAUUAACUCGGUUGAGAAUCAUGGCCUAAUAGAAAGUGCGGCUGGCUAUAUGCCCUUAGAUGUCGCGUCUGCCUAUUCAGCCAUUCUCAAGCGGCUUGUGGACAUUACACAUGCAGAUACAAAGAACUGGCAUCACCGCCCAGUCUAUCGAAUUGCAUGGAUACAUUACCAUAUUUUCCGUAAUGCGGACAAGGCCAAAUCUGAACUUGUCAAAUUAUUUACUUUAAAACCAACCAUAAAGAAUCACAUCAACAUCUGGAAACCAACUUUGGAACUGCCUGGAAAACAUUAUGUCUAUAUCCACAAAUACACCAUGUUCCUUAUCAAGCUUGCCAAAGAAACUCGAGAUGAGAAUACUUUGGAUCAAUUGAACCGUAAACUCCGUAAAGCUCAGAGUCUUUUAUUGAAUUAUGAACAAGUGAUGAAUGAAAUAUCACAUAUUGAAAAGUCUGAACAAAAGGAUUAAAUAAACUUGUACAGAGAGAUUAUUCAAAGGGGAGA